UAAGAUGAUUUUGAUUUGAGUGUAAUUCUAGGAUGCAACAACCCAGUGCACGUCCCCAGCAGUUACUGUAGGUAAAAUCGCAACACGCAUGCGCAAAUACGAUGCACCCUUUAAACAAAGUUACAUUUCGCUAAAAUAAAGACGUGUAAAUGCGUCAUAACAAAGAAAAAAAAAACGAUAUCGGACUUCUCGGUUUUUGCGGCCGGGAUAUGGAGCUCUUGUGUGGACGUGAAUCCGAGAGACUCCCCUUGACUCUCCAGCUGAAAUAGAGUACCUUUGGAGAAUUCUUAAAGACGGAAGUGAGCAGUCCUGCUUUCCGACCACGGCGGCUGUGAACGCUGCGUAUGCAUGUCCGUUUUUGAAUGUCUAUUUACGUGUGUUUUAUAUGCCUAUGAGUUAUUCCCGAAGAUAGUUCAGAGCUUUCAUUUGCCUCUGAGUCUAUCUCGCUGUGAUGGCAGCGGCAGCAGAAGCGCCAGAGGACCGGAGCAGCGGCGCACAGGGAGCGCUAACAGGUGACGGGGAACCUGAGGAGGCCGAGGAGUUCACCUGCUCGGCCUACUGCUCGGAGCUCUCCCGGAGGCAGAACGAGCAGAGGAAGUCGGGGCUGUUCUGCGACGUGACACUGGUCUUCAGCUCCUGUGGGGUGUCUGAGGAGAGGGUCCAGACCUUAACCGCCCACCGCUCAGUGUUAUCCGCGGCGUCGCAGUACUUCACGCUGCUGCUGGGCGGACAGUUUUCAGAGUCUCUAUCAGGGCGAGUGGAGCUCAAAGGAUGGAGCUCGUCAACGGGACCCGACCCAGAAACUGUUGAAAGUGUCCUACAGUUCAUGUACACUGGACAAAUCGGGGUAACCACUGCAAAUGUGCAUGAAGUGUUGGAACUUGCCGACAGGUUCCUGUUGGCGCAGCUGAAGAACUUCUGCGGAGAGUUUCUGAUGAAGAAGGUGAACUUAUCCAACUGUGUAGCAGUGCACAGCCUCGCCCACAUGUACACCUUGGACCAGCUGGCCCAGGGAGCCGCCAAGACGAUUAGAAGAAACUUCCACAAAAUAAUCCGCAACGAGGAAUUCUUCACGCUGCCAUUUCACCUGGUACGGGACUGGCUGUCAGACUCAGGAAUCACUGUGGAUUCUGAACAGGAGUUGUUUGAGGCCAUAGUAAAAUGGGUGCACCAAAACGCAGAGGAGAGAGAGAAGUAUUUUGACGAGCUGUUCAGACUUUUAAGGCUGCCUCAGAUUUCUCCUACCUACCUGACACAGGUGGUGAGAAAAGAACCCUUUGUGGCAAACAAUGCAGCUUGUCAGCAGCUGGUCUCUGACGCCCUUGAGGUCCACGCUGUUCACUUCGAGAACCUCAAGUCAGCUGAUUUAGAGCUCUGUGCGUCCUACAUGGCAGCGAUGCAGCCCCGUCUUGGCCAGAACAUGGAUGUAAUCAUGGUAGUGGGUGGUGUUUCAGAAGGUGGAGACUAUCUGAGUGAGUGUGUGGGCUACUUUGUUGCUGAGGACCGUUGGGUAAACCUGCCACACAUUCACAACCACCUUGAUGGACAUGCCAUCGCAGUCAGUGACAGCCAUGUCUAUGUGGCAGGCUCCAUGGAGCCAGGCUUCGCCAAGACGGUGGAGCGCUUCAACCCCAGCCUCAACACCUGGGAGCAGGUCAGCAGCCUGACCACCCGCAAGCACUCCUUCGGCCUCACGUGUGUCAAAGACUUACUCUACAGCAUCGGUGGUCAUGGCAACUUCAGUCCAGGCUUUAAGGAUGUUACUGUCUACGAGCCUGAGCAGGAUGAGUGGCACAAUCUCGAGCCAGCACCGAAGAUACUACGAGAUGUAAAAACGGUAAGCGUGGAGGACCGCUACAUAUACGUGAUGGCCAGGACUCCUGUAGACAUGGACAAUGAGGAUGGACUGAGCACUGUGACCACCUGCUACGAUACAGAGAGUCACAAGUGGCAGGAAGUGGAGUCCUUACCGCUUAUCGAUAAUUACUGUAGUUUUCAAAUGGCUGUUGCAUCCACCAACUUCUACCACACAGCUUCUUGUUGUGCAAAGAGCUACAAGGUAACAGCUGAGGCCGCUCAGCAGAAAAUAAGCAGAAAUAUCUCUGACGACAUCCUCGACAGUCUCCCUCCAGAGGUCCUCAGCAUGGAAGGUACUGCUGUUUGCUACCUGGGUGAAGACAUAUUCAUAAUUGGCGGGUGGAGGAACUGCAACAACAUGGACAAGCAGUACCGCAAGGAAGCCUACAGUUACUGUGCUGAGAGGAAGCGCUGGAUGCUGCUGCCCCCCCUACCUCAGCCACGUUGCAGAGCCGCAGCCUGCCACGUUCGCAUUCCAUACCAUUAUCUUCGCGGCUGCCAGCACUACCCCAUGCCCCAGAACCUGGCUCGCCAGCGAGACCGCAUGCAACAGAUGCAGCAGCUCCAUCGCCGCACGCUCACUUUGCGCAGACAGCUGCAGUCUCAAAUCGAAUGUUGAGAGCUUUGUCUUGUUGGCACUUAAUCUACUGAUCAACGCCUUGUUGUUACCACAAAACUUUGAUCUUAUGUUUUGCCUUUUUAUUUAGGUGAAAUGUCUGCAUGGGCUAACUGGGGCUGGUUUAAAUAAAAAAAACAAAUUAGCCAGACAUGUUACUAGUAAAUUGAUUACAUUAUAAUUUGGGCCUUACAUUAUAAACGUAUGUCUUGUAUUCUGCUUGUAAAUGAAACUGAUUUCUGUGACAUUGUCUGAUAAGAUUGUUGAUUUCAUUGCUAAACCACUUAGCUUAGCUUUUUAAAUGUGGUCUGUGUGUGUCACCCAAUGUUAGCAUAUGUUGUGGUGCAAGUUAGAAUAAAAGUAAUCAGUAAAACUUUUCUGUGAAAUUUGGUCAAGUUCAGUGUUGAGAUGUAAACGUAGCAAAGUAAAUUAUGAUUGUUUAUUGUGAUGUAAGUUAGAAAAAAAGGAUAAAUUACUGUAACAACCUGAGCUAAGCUUUCACUUUUUACUCCCCACUACUUGCAUCUAAUUUCUCUUCUACCUCCAGUGUCUGUCAUGCUUUUUUGCACUGUGGGGGUUGAAAUAUCUAAAUGUUGAACUAUGUUGUUUGCCCCACUUAAAAACAGACAAUCGUGUAUCAGAAUUUUUGUAGUAAUAUUUAAGUAUUGAGCCGAGCACAUAUUGGGGAACGUAGUGUUCAGUGAUUAUAUGUUUCCCCCUCAUUAAAACAAGCUCCCGCUUAUAAUGUUGGACUAAAAUAUGUGCACUACUUUGCCAUUCCAAUGGAUGUGUAUGAAUGUUUAUGAUUUAUUUAUUUAAAAGUUGUUGCAUAGCUUGGAAAAAUAGACCACCAUAAUAAUGAGAAGUCCCUUUUGGCAAAAAAUAUGUUAUGCCAUUUCAUGUUUAUAGGACACUGACUAAUGACUCCAGUGCUUAAAGACGGUGAGUUAUUUUGUUAAUUGGUACUGUAUUAGUGGAUUGGUUUGUUCUGCCUUUGUGCUUCUGGCAGAAUUUGCUCUGCCUCAUACUUUGUUUCGCUGCACUAUGAAAUGUGUGAAACUCAUCAAAUGAGAUUUACAUGUUUUUGUGCAUGGUUCUCACCAUGUUCCCAAUGUGCCAUAAAAUCCCACCUGCCCUUUAUUACAACAGUUGAAUUAACUGUUUCCUGCACUAAAUGACCUUGAAUGUUAACUUUAACAUUAUACAGUGUUGCUUUUUUUACUACAAUCCUCUGACUCAAAACAGUGUUGUGUGGACCAGUUGCUGAGUUCAUUGUCUUUUGAAAUUGCUAGUGCCUGUGGUAUCCCCGGCCAAGCUCUCUAUGAAUGUUAUCAAUAACAUUAUUUACUAACAUACCAAUGGAAAUAAUUUGAUCAGUUGUAUGUCAAAGUUUAGAAUUUUUCAACAACUUGUUUUAAGCCCCUUUUCUCAUGUAACGUGCACAAAUUCACAGGAACAGAGCAGACACAGGCAGAUUUUAGAUCAAGCUUUCAAGUUCAGAUUUUGGUUCCAGUUUGAUCAUUGGAGAGUUGAUUUUGAUUAAAGUAUGACUGUGUUACAUAUGGUGCCAUUCCAUAUGUAUGUGCAAGAGCAAGAAAGUGUACCUAGACAUUUGAAAUAAAUGAAAUCAGUUGUCAUCUCUGAA